AGGUUCUUGUUUGUCAAUUCGAGAUGUAAAUGAAAGAUCUGGUGAAGGGCUGCAGAGGACAUCAAGAGAGCUGUCUCCCAAUGACAUCUCCCUAAAGAAGGCCUUUGCACUCCUCCAGUCAAUGGAGUCCAUGUUUGAGCAAGAAGGUGAGCAGGCUGUGUCGGAUGUUUUUCCCUAGCCAAAAUCUAGACAACUUUGACGCGUUUAUCUUCCUUCCCGACGCGCUAGCAUGACAUGGUUGUAGUUGGUCACCUGAAACGUAAGCCUCUGAGCAGGAAAGACUUCAAAACUGAGAGGAAAAACUACGAUCCACACAGAAACUUGAGCAACCACAAAGUUCCCUAUGCCUCGAAGAAAGAGACUUCGAGUGACUACGUGGUUCCCUACGCCUUGCUCAACGAGGUCCCCUAUGUCUUUGUUCCCUACGCCUUGGCCAACGAGAAGUCGAGCGACGUGGUUCCCUGGGCCAACGAGACAUCAAGCGACGUGGUUCCAUGGGCCAAUGAGACGUCGAGUGAUGUGGUUCCCUGGGACAAUGAGACGUCGAGCAACGUGGUUGACUACGCCUUGCUCAACGAGGUCCCCUACGUCUUUGUUCCCUACGAUUUGGCCAACGAGACGUCGAGCGACAUGGUUCCCUGGGCCAACGCGACAGCGAGCGACCAUGACGUCCACUACACCUCGAAGAACGAGACGUCGAGCGACCACUACGCCUCCAAAAACGAGACGUCGAGCGACCACUACGCCUCCAAGAACGAGACGUCGAGCGACCACUACGCCUCCAAGAACGAGACGUCGAGCGACGUCGCCACUUGAUGCUCCAAUAAAGUAACCAUGUCUCUGACUGCAACUGCUUUUAUCUGUGCUUUAAAUAAACUCUUAACCACAUAUCUGUUUCCUCAU